AAACAGAUGGCAUUUUUCUCAAUCCCUCGCCCAAUUUCUCCGUCUCCGCCCCUUCUUCUAACCAAGUGUCGUCCCUUCUUCAAAUCCCAAAUCACCCGUGUUCCCGCAUCCCCAACUCUCCUCCGCCACCGGAUACCUCCUCCGCCGGCGGCGUCGCCUGAGCUUGAAGCCGUCGAGGAGGAUGAGAAGUUCCCGACGCCCUUACUGGAGGAGGAAUCGGACGUGGCGGCGAGCGUGGAGGUGCUGAAGGCGGCGGCGAAGACCAGGAAGGCUCCGCCGGCCCAAGUCCUCGCUGCCCUCGCUUCGAUCAAGAAGGGAAAGGCGGAGCCAUCCUCGUUUCUCGAGACCCUCGGUGGUACGGAGUCGCCGGGGAGGACUUGGAUGCUUAUAUUCACGGCCCAGGGUAAGUUGGACAAGGGACGAUACUUUCCCAUCACUGCAGUUCAACGAUUUGAUGCUGCGGCAAAAAGGAUAGAGAAUGGUGUAUUUUUGGGUCCUGUCGGGUCUCUUACUUUCGAGGGCAAAUUUUCAUGGAAGAAUAGAAUAUUGGCAUUCAUUUUUCAGACCAUCCGUAUAAAGCUCGGACCAUUUGGUCCAUUGCAAAUUGAUCUUGGAGAAACAGAGAGAGAGCCCACUAGCAAAGAUCCCUUUUUCAUUUGGUUCUACAUUGACGAGGAAAUUGCAGUUGCUCAAGGUAGAGGUGGUGGAAUUGCAUAUUGGUGUAGAUGUCACCGUGUCACAUAGGCAAUUGUUUAUAGAUAAUUGUUUUCCAAAUCUCCAAACAUCAUGCAACUUUUCAAUUAUACUUUAUGAUUCUUCACAAUUGUGAAAUUGAAGUUUCUAUGUAGUUGAAGACCUUCCCAUUUGUUUAUUACUGCAAGGCUGCAAAGGACUGUCUAUUCAAGUACUUGAAUCAUAACGAAGUAUUUAUGUAUAUUUAGUUUUC